CGUUUCGCGGGCUGACAACCAGACAAGACAACAUGGACGUAGAGAUGGCAGACAGGGAAAGCGACCAGAAGCCGAGUGGAAGCGGGGUAAAGACGGACACCGAGGCCGGGGAGUCCUCGUCGAAAAGCUCCGGGAGUUCCUACGAGCUGCCCUGGGUGGAGAAGUACCGGCCACUGAAACUGAAUGAGAUAGUUGGGAACGAGGAGACGGUGAGCCGCCUGGAGGUUUUCGCCAGGGAGGGAAACGUCCCGAACAUCAUCAUAGCAGGACCUCCAGGGACAGGAAAGACCACCAGCAUCCUGUGUUUGGCCCGCACUCUGCUGGGGGCCGCCAUGAAGGACGCCGUGUUGGAGCUCAACGCUUCCAACGACAGGGGCAUUGAUGUGGUGAGAAACAAGAUCAAGAUGUUCGCCCAGCAGAAAGUCACGCUGCCCAAAGGUCGACACAAGAUCAUCAUCCUAGAUGAAGCAGACAGCAUGACUGAUGGCGCUCAGCAGGCACUCAGGAGGAUCAUGGAGAUCUACUCCAAAACGACUCGGUUCGCUCUCGCCUGCAACGCCUCCGACAAAAUCAUAGAGCCGAUCCAGUCGCGCUGUGCUGUGCUACGCUACGCCAAGCUGACGGACGGCCAGGUGCUGGCCCGGCUGCAGGAAGUGGUGGAGCGAGAGCGGCUGGCCGUGUCUGAUGACGGGCUCGAGGCCGUCAUCUUCACAGCGCAGGGGGACAUGCGGCAGGCGCUGAACAACCUGCAAUCCAACUCUGGCUUCGGCUACAUCAACAGUGAGAACGUGUUCAAAGUGUGCGAUGCGCAUCCCUUGCUGGUGAAAGGCAUGCUGGGACACUGCGUGGCGGGGGAUGUGGAUGCAGCGUACCGGGUGAUGGAGCAGCUGUGGGCGCUGGGCUACUCCCCAGAGGACAUCAUGGGAAACAUCUUCAGGGUCUGCAAGACAUUCCAGAUGGCCGAGUACCUGAAGCUGGAGUUCAUCAAGGAGAUCGGCUUCACUCACAUGCGGGUGGCUGAAGGAGUCAACUCCCUGCUGCAGAUGGCCGGCCUGCUGGGAAGACUCUGCAGCAAGACGGCGCCCCCUGCUGCCAGCUGAACAACAUGAACCCAACAGAUUGCAUUCCUCACCAGAACCACGAUGUGGUUCCUCACCAGAGGACGCUGACAGUUUCUGACCCCUAGCGGUUCUGAAGGGUUGAAAGUUUUCCCACUGUUAGAUAAUAAACUGUUUGAUGUGCA